AGAAGAAGAACCGCAACGCGUUGUCAGGAUUUAGUUUCUGGAGGGCGUCAGACAGGGUACCAGGGCGGCUAUAUUUGUGCAAUGCCGAAUAAAGCGAAAAAAGACAAGGAGUCUGGAAAAGUUGGCAAAACUGGAGGACAAGAAAACGACCAUGAGCAGGGUUCCAAUAGGAAAGGCAGUAACAGCGUCCCUCCCACCACUCAGCUGCUGAAGGGCAAGCAGCCGGGUUCCCAGACACCUGUCAAGAAGGACAAGAGGCAGAGCUCGUCCCGCUUCAGCCUCAGCAACAACAGAGAGCUGCAGAAGCUGCCCGCCUUCAAAGAUGUCCCUCCGGCGGAGCAGGAGAAGCUGUUUGUCCAGAAGCUGCGUCAGUGCUGCGUCCUGUUUGACUUUUUGUCCGACCCUCUGAGCGACCUGAAAUGGAAGGAGGUGAAGCGGGCGGCGCUCAGCGAGAUGGUGGAGUACAUCACCCACAACAGGAACGUCAUCACAGAGCCCAUCUACCCAGAGGUGGUGCACGUGUUUGCAGUGAACAUGUUCAGGACGUUGCCUCCAUCAUCCAACCCCACAGGGGCUGAGUUUGACCCCGAGGAGGAUGAGCCCACACUAGAGGCUGCGUGGCCACACCUCCAGCUCGUCUAUGAGUUCUUCCUCCGGUUUCUAGAGUCUCCAGACUUUCAACCAAAUGUGGCCAAGAAGUAUAUCGACCAGAAAUUUGUAAUGCAGCUAUUGGACCUGUUUGACAGUGAAGACCCCAGGGAAAGGGACUUUCUAAAGACAACUCUGCAUCGCAUCUACGGCAAGUUCCUGGGCCUGAGAGCGUACAUCAGGAAACAGAUAAAUAACAUAUUCUAUAAGUUCAUUUAUGAAACAGAACAUCAUAACGGAAUAGCAGAGUUGUUGGAAAUAUUAGGAAGCAUAAUCAAUGGCUUUGCCUUACCGUUGAAAGAGGAGCACAAGAUUUUCCUGUUGAAAGUGUUGCUGCCUUUACACAAAGUCAAGUCCCUUAGUGUCUAUCACCCACAGCUGGCGUACUGCGUGGUGCAGUUUCUAGAGAAGGACAGCACCCUCACUGAACCGACAGUGAUGGCUCUGUUGAAGUACUGGCCAAAGACCCACAGUCCAAAGGAGGUGAUGUUCCUCAAUGAGCUGGAGGAAAUCCUGGACGUCAUCGAACCCUCUGAGUUCGUCAAGGUCAUGGAGCCUCUCUUCAGACAGCUGGCCAAGUGUGUGUCCAGCCCUCACUUCCAGGUUGCAGAGAGAGCGCUGUACUACUGGAACAACGAGUACAUCAUGAGUCUGAUCAGUGACAACGCUGCCAGGAUCCUCCCUAUCAUGUUCCCCUCGCUCUACCUCAACUCCAAGACCCACUGGAACAAGACGAUCCACGGUCUGAUAUACAAUGCCCUGAAGCUCUUCAUGGAGAUGAACCAGAAGCUGUUUGAUGACUGCACACAGCAGUUCAGAACAGAGAAGAACAAAGAGAAGGCCAAGUGGAAAGAGAGAGAAGAGGCGUGGGUGAAGAUUGAGAAUCUGGCCAAGUCCAACCCUCAGUUCCUGGUGUACGUGGACCCGUCAGACUUGGGUAGUCCUAUGGAGACAGACGGACCAAUGAUGGAGGAUGUUAACAUCUUGAAGAAGACUAUAGAGGAAGAAGCCACACAGCUCCAGAGGAACGAGCGUAAGGAGCGUCCGCUGGUCAGGAGGAAGUCUGAGCUGCCUCAGGACAUCUCCACCGUCAAGGCCCUGGAGACUCACCGGAGGGCUGAGGACAUGGUCACACCACACGAUGGACACUAGAGACCACACACACACACAGUACAGACACACACACACACACACGCAGUACAGACAGUCAGACAUACACAGUCAGACACAUACUGACAGACCGACACCACAUACUGACAGACAGACCAGCCCCCAGAGGCCCAGCACAGACAAGGUCCAGACCAGAAUAGAACAAAACAGAAUGGCCUAGCUGAAAGAAGCUGCAGCUCAAACAACUCCGCCCAGUCCAACUAUGAAUUGAUCCCCAGUCCGAUCAAGCCCUGCCCAGAGAUGUCAAUGGCACAGGACAGUAUGGCACGACCACCAAACGUGACAUUGUUUCUCUCUCAAAAGCUUUCUAGAGUGCAGUGAUGUUCCCUUCUAGUCAUUUCUCUCAGGUCUUCUGUUCUUGUUUUAAUUUGUUGGUUUCUUUCUGUUAUUUUUCUCUCAUUCUAGAUGUUAUGUGCAAUAGGACUGGCAGACAGACAUGUAUUAUAGAUGCAUACUGUACGUAACAGGCGAAGGAAGAAGCAGUUUUGUCUUCUCUCUCAGCAUAGAGAGGAAUGCACAGUACUUCUCUCUCACCUGUUUAUUCUUAGUUGCCUAGUUACAGCUGCUAUUGCCAUAAGCUUCAUCUUUCUCUCUUUGUUUCUUGUGUUCUGCUAGGAUUGAUUUGAUAGGAGGUGAAGUAUUGGGGACCGUCAAAAGACGUUGUUGUAAUAAAGUUGUGUGGCUCUAAACGUGUUGGCCUGAGUGAAAGGGGGGUUCUUCUGUCCUCCACUGGACGUCAGCUGGUCUGUACAAACCUAGUUUGGUGCCAACCUCACUCUUGCUUUUUCUUUUCUUUUUUUAACUUAUCCACCCAUUUUUAGCUGUAUGAUAUUGUAGGCAAUAAGUUGUCCCAGGUUUCAGUGUGUGUGUGUGGUUGGUUCAAACAAUGGUUAAUGGUUUUCUAAGACUGAGGGCACAGCACAUCAAUGGUUUUCUGGAUCCAUUGGAGUUUACUGUCCAUGUGAACACGUCAAUCCCCAUUCCCUGUCAGUCUGUUUUUGUCUUUGUUCAUAAUCAGUAUCGAUCAAUAUAUCGAAGUCCUGUCAUGUUAGUGUUGUGAAAAUGCUGAGGUCUAUGUUCUAGUUCAGUGUUUACAGACUCCUGUUGAGCUUUAGUGUGUGAGUGGGAGGAGACGAGAGGAGCUGUACUGGGCUACACACAGAGGAAUACUACUCUUCAUAACCAAGACCCCUCUCUUUCCGAUGUUGCUUUUAAGUAGUAGCCUAGUUCAGUCAUAUAAAGACCAUUCUGUCUGUAGUCAGUCAAAAUUGAACACAAGCCUUUCCUUUCAUAGUGCCUUUAUUGUACAAGCUUCUAAACUGAGAAUAGAAUAGCAGCGUUAUGUGAAUGCCAAACCAUGUUCAAUUUAUCAUUAGCUUCCCAACAGACCAGAGAGGCACGUAGACACACACCCAGAGUAUUCAGUAUGUAUUUAGGGCCGUGUCGAGUGUAAAACGCAUACCAGCUGUUUUGGUAAAUCUACAAAGCAGAUCAAUGAUUGUUGUCAAGCUAGAGAGGAGUGGAGAAGCCCCAAAGACUUAACAUAGAAGCACUUCCUGAUAAAACUUGAAUAAAAACACAAGAUCCAAAAUGAGUUGAAAUCAUUUGUGCUGUCUGGUCUGUUUUAGUUCUAAUGAAAAACGUGUAGAGAAGGAUGCUCCCCAUUCAACCUGAUCUUAUUCCCCCUGUUCCAUUUAGGAUGUGUCCCAAAUGGCAUCUUAUUCCCCUAGAGCCCUAUGGACCGUGGUCAAAAGAAGUGCACUAUAUAGGAAAUAGUGUGCCAUUUGAGACACAACAAGAGUAUUGAUGUGACGUGUAUGUGAUACAACACCAUUGUUUGAGCCCCCAGACAUACAUGCACUCUGGCUGUAUCCCUGUAGAGAAGCUCUCUGUGUGUGUGUGCACGCGACACUGCUUCUGGAUGUGUGCAGGGUCUUUUCCAUUGCCUGCAAAAACUCUGAUGUUCAGAUUGAAUGUGCAAGUUGUAAAUAUGCUACUAUUACUACCAUGAUCACAUUGUUUUGCUGUCUCUUUCUAGAUUAUUUUAUUUGUCUUAAAGAAUAACAUUCACCAUUCAUUUAUCCCCCCCCCCAACUAUUUUGUUGUAAAAUUACUAAAAGUAAGAAUAGAGUGCUUUAUAGAUGGCACAAACAAAACAGGAUUGCAGCAGGGUUGGGUCAAUUUAGGAAGUAAUCUGAAAUACCAAUUUUCCUCAUUGCUUCUCAGAGGAGUAUUGGAAUUUCAGUUGACUGAAUGUAAAUGGAUCUCUGGCUGUUCCCAGUGUCCUGAGAGCAGAGAGGACUCUGUUGGUGAUUGUUGUUCUUCAUCAAAUUGCUUUAAUAUUUUAGCUUCUUUGGCGCCCUCUUCAUUUUACAUAUGGUUUUGUUUUCUUUGAAAAUAAUGAUUCUGAAAGUGUCUUUUGGUAUACACCCUGUAUUAUAAUUGCCUCAUCUAAUAUUGUACAUAUAAUGUACUUUUAUUUUAUGUUAUAGCUAUUACAUGGUAGAUGUCAUAUUUUGUACAGAAUGCCCCCUGUGUACAGGAACCGGUUAUUAGCUAUGACAGUUGGGAUGUGGCACAGACUUCAACGCAAAACAUGACCUAUAUGCAUUUAGAACCGUUUAGAAUUUGGAUUCUACAAUUUUUUAUCGAUUUGUAAUUCAACAUUUUGUUUGUUUCAGCAUUUAAAAGUAUGUGAUGAGAUCCUACAUACAUUAGCAUUGUGUGUGUGUGCUUUUAUCCAAAAUCUCCAGUGGUGUACAUCUAUCUAGCUGAAUAUGGUAAAUAAAGAGAACAUGUGAGUUUU